UCUCCUCCUUUGCGCACGCAGGAGAUGGAGGUUUAGAGGGCAGCUCCGCCUGGCUGUGUCACACGCUCGCUUCCAGUGCAGCACCUUAGGUGACUGUUUCCCCUCCCUAAGCUCUCGGCUUUGAGUUACUGGUUUAAUUCUCUCCCCCUCAGUCUGGUGAAUCUAUACACAACAGCACUGAGGUGUCUCCCGCAUUCAUCAUUCGGGCAGCGCUGCAGGCUGAGAGCAGGGCAGGUGAGCAUUGCCACCGCCUGCGCUUUCCUGCCCAGCUCACACUGCGCGGUUAGAGGUUGCUGAUCAGCAACGAGUUUUAAAGGUUAAAGAAGAAAGAUAAAGAAGAAAAAAAAAUGUUCUACUGCUUUAAAGGAACACCGUGCGUCUGGCGAAGUUUUGAGAAGGCUCAAGGCUUUAAAGAACACUGAUCUAAAUAAAGGAGGGUUAACGUGACAUUGCAGUUGCUUAAUCCUGUAUUGUCCUGCCAUGUGACUGCAGGGAUACGGAGGCGCAGCGUUUCUUUCGCCUAGUGCACAGAUUAUGCUUUUCCUGUCUUCUUCCAGGAUCAUUUGCUUUGUUAAACCUGCACUGGGAAGGAAACAAAGGGGUGACAAACUUUUUACAGCAAGGCUUGGUGACAUUUUCAAGGCACAGUGACAAGUACACAGGCUGAAGAAUGAAUCCAAGGCAAAUCUCACGUCCAGCUCUUGGACCGGCAGCAGAAUCGGGAAGAACUGCGCUUUUAAGGUCAGCCAUUCGAAAUGAAGUGGAUUUAUUGAGAGUAGUUAAUCAGCUAUUUGUUUGACUUCUGUCUAUCAAAUUACUUUUCAAAGCUGCAAGGUGAAACCUGAAAAUUUGUGUCAAAUGUUUUGCAUGUGUCAAAUGUACUGCAUAGAGAGAGAGCAACUCACUGCUUUCUUGCACAAAGUUUACAGUUCUAAUUGCAAAGCUGCUUUUACCUUGUAGAAGAAGAUCCUGACAUACUAAAUCAGUCAGAGAUGGAUAUAAACAGCUUCCACUUUUAUCUCUGAUUUUGAACAGAGCUGCAAUAUGUAGAUACACAGUAAUUUCGAACUAAUCCUUGGACUUUCAGUAAGCUGCUUUUUUUUGCUAUGUUUGUCAUAGCGUCCGUUAUGUGCAGAACUACGUAUCUGUACAGAAUUAUUUCAUUUAUACUACUUAUCAGGACAUCUCAUUAAAUGGAGAAGUGAAUACCUAUAGACUAUGACAACAGGAUACACAAAUGGAGGAAGUCUUGGAAAACACCGCUAUUCCAGGUGGCAUCGCGAGGACAGUGGAGAAGACGAUGGCCACCAGGAGUGCUAUGGAGAAGGUGAAGAGGACAGGCAGCACAGGCUGACCCCAUUUGAGAAACUAAUGCAAGAUAUGUCCCAGAAUGAAAAAGUGGUGAAAGAAUUAACCUUGGGAAAGAGAAUUGGCUUCUAUCGAGUCAGAGGAGAAAUAGGAAGUGGGAAUUUCUCACAAGUGAAGCUUGGAAUUCACUCCCUAACCAAAGAGAAAGUUGCAAUUAAGAUUUUGGACAAGACAAAGCUAGAUCGGAAGACGCAGCGCUUGCUGUCUCGUGAGAUAUCCAGCAUGGAAAAACUGCACCACCCAAAUAUCAUCAGACUGUAUGAAGUGGUGGAGACACGCUCAAAACUGCACCUGGUGAUGGAGUACGCAGGAGGUGGGGAGCUCUUCACUAAAAUCAGCAUAGAAGGGAGGAUGCUAGAAACAGAGAGUAAAAUAAUUUUCUCCCAGAUCGUGUCUGCAGUGAAGCAUAUGCAUGACAAUAAUAUCAUUCACCGGGACUUGAAAGCAGAAAACGUCUUCUACGCCAGUAACACCUGCGUUAAGGUGGGAGACUUUGGAUUCAGCACAAUAAGUAAGAGAGAUGAAACUCUGAAUACUUUCUGCGGCUCUCCUCCUUAUGCUGCCCCUGAACUCUUCAGAGAUGAAAACUACAUUGGCAUUUACGUAGACAUUUGGGCACUAGGAAUAUUGUUAUACUUCAUGACAACGGGGAUCAUGCCAUUUCGGGCAGAUACAGUGGCCAAACUGAAAAAGUGCAUUCUUGAAGGGACAUACAGUUUGCCUCCUUGCCUCUCAGAAGCUUGCCAGAAACUGAUAAAAGGAGUCCUUCAGCCAGUACCAACUGAACGAUACUCAGUCAAACUUAUUAUGAACAGUGAAUGGAUGCAAGGGGUACAGUACCCCAAACCUUUACAGCCAUUUAAACUGGAACCAAAGUACUUAUCAGACACCAAUACGCUCAAAGAGGAAGAAAUAGAAGUGAAAAAUAUUCUGGAAGAGCUGGGUAUCACAGAAGAGCACAUUCAAAAUAACCAGGGAAGAGAUGCACGCAGCUCAAUAACGGGGGUCUACAGGAUUGUUUUGCACAAAGUACAGAAGAAAAGAGCACUGGAAUGUGUUCCUAUCAUGUCCCAUCCAGACCCCAAGGAACAAGACUUGAGGAGAGGAAUCAGUCCUUACAGUGGGCUGAAGCACACAUCCAAGCUGUGUUCCAUUUUAUAAUUGCACUAGAGGCUUUCUACUCAGCAUAUUUAACAAAAGGGUUUAUUCACUUUUCAGGAGUUCCAGUGUGACAUUUUUUGUAAUUUCUGAAUAAACCAAAAUGCCUCAUCUCCUUUGCUUUUCUGAAGUCACAGUGAGCUGCUCACACACAGAGCUUUCUCCCAUCUGUUUGCCCCUUGUGCCAGAGACACAGUAUAGCCAGUACAAAAACAGGAUUAAGUGGAAUAGCCAAGAGAUCAUUAGCAGGGGGUGAACUUUUAGUAAGGAUCAGAUAGUAUUGCAUUUAAUCUGAGACUCUCAGUACAUGCAUAUGACAGGUAACUCAUUGUGAAGCUGUGCAUAACCUUGACCCAACAUUACCACUGCAAACCAGGGCAGUUUUUAUAGAGAACUAAAUUUAAGCAGAAAGCAGAGAAUCUAAAUCGCACGUUCUUCUUUAAGGCUUCUUCAGCAAAUUAAACAUGAUAAAAUGUGUGUCAGAGCUGAUUUUUCCCCCAGUUUUAUUUAAAUAAAUAGCAGUGCUAGUGUUGACCACAGUUCAUAAUUUGUCACAAUUCAGAGAGGCAAAUUAGGAUACACUGCUUUAAUCCUGCACGAGUUUUUGCAAUUCCUAGUGCAGAACUGUUUGGGCUACCAUCUGUUAACCUCCCAACAUCUUCCAGUACUUUCACUAUUCCACCAGUAUAGAACUGUGCAGACUCCAGCUGCACUCCAAUAAAGGAAGUUUUCAACAUAGUCCAAAACUCAAGUAGUUUAAAUUCUUGCUUUAGCACUACAUACCAGUAACCAGAGUGCAACCAGUAACACUAUCCAUUUUUAUAUAGAGUGGUACACGCUUGUACUAACUCCUGAUGUACUAUAUUAGAAAAAAAGGCUGGCACAAAGCCAAUUGUGACUUUCUUGACCACUGCCAGUUAAAGGUUGCAUAGUCUGGCAACUCCAAUUGCUCCGAGCAUCACCAAGAUACAAAUACUCUGAUUUUAAGCUUUAAUUGCUUAUUUUAUACUUAAAUCUUCUACACCAUCAGCUCCAUCCAAAUGGUGGAAGAGUGCAGGCUGUUCUCUGAAAAGGUACGGAUGAGAUGCCUGAGCUGAGGGGUAGAGCUUGUAUGGUUUUAGCUAAGGGAACUAAAAUGGUACAGCUGGUGCUUUCAAAUUUAAAGGCAAGAUGCCUCAUCAGUUAUGGGGACUAAUAAACUGAUAAGAUGAUAACAUAAGAGAGCAACAGAGUGACUCUGAAAAGCCACUCAUGGGAAAGUGGGCUCAGUGAGGCUCAGGUAAGUAUAAAGCAAGAAUCUGUCCCCCUUCACAGUCUGACGGGGAUCAAACAAUGCCAUCUUUGAUAAGACACUAAUAAAGAUUAGUAGUAUUUCAUAAGCUGGGAAUUAAUUCCUCCACUAUAAACACUUUCCAUACAAAAGCAUUUAAGGUACCUUGAAAUGCAGCCCUGAAAUAACAAAGUUCUACACCAGCCUAAGCAAACCUAUCUUUCCACUU